AUGGAUGGCAAGUCUACGACUAUUGUACCUAUUAAGGAGGAGGUGGAGGAGGUAAAUGAACAGAUUGUUUCGAAUGAGGAGGAGGAGGAGGAUAUUGAAGCUUUAGCGGAGCCACCAGAUUGGCUCCCCGAUGGAUGGAUAAUGGAAGUCUACCGUGAGGAAGAUGGCACCAUUCAUCGGUAUUACACUUCUCCUAUAUCGGAUUAUACAUUCAACAUGAAGUCAGAGGUGCUGGAGUACCUUUUUUCUCAAGCAGAUGAGCGUAUACUGGAAUCAAAGGAAAGUGGUGCAGAAAACACCUUCCAGAAAGAACAUGAAUGGCUUCCAAAGGGGUGGGUGAUGGAGAUCAGAGCUGGUGGGGAGAAGAUGGACAAGAUGUACAAGUUUUAUGUUUACCAAAAGACUGGAGUCCGAGUGCUAUCCAAACAGGAUGUUGUUCUAUAUAUCAAUGAGGAAAAGGUCUCCAAGUGUGAUACAAAUGGACAAUGUGACACAAAUUCUAAAGACAAUCUUCUUGCAAUUGUGGAGUUUCACCCAAGUGGAUUGCCAAAAGGAUGGGUAAAGGAGCUAGUAUUUAGAAAGACAAAGGACGGACUUAUCAGGAGAGAUCCGUAUUACACUGAUUCUGCGAGCUCCUACACAUUCCGUACUCUAAAAUCAGCAUUGCUCUUCGUAGAAACUGGAAAAAUAUCCAAGCGUGCUUUUAUUCAAAGGAUAAGUGUUCAUGACUUGUACUCUUUUGACAACCCUGCAGAUUUGCAUGAAAGUUUGCGCAGUAGGCUGACAAUAAAUGACGGAAGAUCAUCCCGACCUAGAGGAGUAUCACAGAUAGAGUAUGGUCAAAUUAUGAACAGCUCGGAAGAUGGUGAUGACACCUCUGACUCAGAUUUGCCAUAUGAGCCGGAAGAAGAAAACAGUGGAAGUGGGAAGGCUAAAGGUAAAGAAGCAACCGACUCAAGGACUACCAAUCGUCCAAUAAGAAGGCCCCCACAAUUGAGGAUUAAGGAGGAGGUGACAGAAAAUCAGGAUGCAGACUAA